GUCUCUCUAGAAUGAACCACAGACUUGUUCUCGUGAGGGCAUGGCAGGAUCCAGUGGGUUGGAAUUACGAGGAAGCAGAGUGAGGCUGGGCAUUGGGGAGCAUUCCCCAUGAGCUUAAGAGCUGUUCGCCAGUGGAACAGCCUGCCUCAUGCGAUGGUGGGAUCUCCUUCGCUGGAGGUUUUCAAGCAGAGGCUGAAUGGUCCCCUCUCCGGGAUACUGCAGCAGUUUCCCACACUGAGCAGGCGGUUAGACUAGAAGAUCUCCAAGGCUGUACCAUCCAUGCAUGCUGUGCAUCUGAUCCCAGGCUAUUUAAGAUGACUACUGCGGCUAGACCGACCUUUGAACCUGCAAGAGGAGGGAGGGGGAAAGGAGAGGGUGACUUAAGCCAGCUCUCCAAGCAAUAUUCAAGCAGAGACCUUCCUUCUCAUACGAAAAUCAAAUACAGGCAAACCACCCAGGAUGCCCCGGAGGAGGUGCGCAGCCGUGACUUCAGGAGAGAACUGGAGGAGAGGGAGAGAGUGGCUGCAAGAGAGAAGAACAGAGACAGGCCAGCACGAGAACACACAACUUCCUCUUCAGUGUCUAAGAAACCACGACUAGACCAGAUUCCUGCGGCUAACCUGGAUGCGGAUGACCCAUUGACAGACGAGGAAGACGAGGAUGAGGACUACGAUGAGGAGAGUGAUGAUGAUACUGCAGCUCUUUUAGUUGAGCUAGAGAAGAUAAAAAAGGAACGUGCUGAAGAGCAGGCCCGAAAGGAGCUAGAGCAGAAGGCUGAAGAGGAGAGGAUACGAAUGGAAAACAUCCUGAGUGGUAACCCUUUGUUGAAUCUGACUGGUCCCGUACAGCCUCAGGCCAGCUUCAAAGUGAAAAGGAGAUGGGACGAUGAUGUAGUCUUCAAGAACUGCGCAAAGGGAGUAGAUGAGAUGAAAAAAGACAAAAGAUUUGUCAACGACACGCUACGGUCUGAAUUCCACAAAAAAUUCAUGGAAAAAUAUAUCAAGUAGUACUUUUGCUGCUGCUGUUUUAAUGUGUUGUGUUGCUGAUAGACUCAGCGGGGCGAGGCCUAUCUCCUCGGCCUGAAAAAUCCCAUGGUGAUUUUUAGUGAGAAUCUAUCCCAAAUAGAAAUUUUCUCUUAAGGUCAGCAACAUUUUUUACCUUGCAUCUGGAAUAUUUGUUGGCUUCCUUGUUUGAGAUUGGCCCAUUUUGUUUCCCUGAAAUAUUUGUUUUCUUUUUGAGAUGACUUUACUUUUAAUGGCAUGUUUUGAAAAUGGUUUGCAUAAAUCCUUUGCUCUAAA